GAAAUAUGUGUUGUCCCCUACCAGGAAAGUGGAUCUCAGUGAUGUCCCUCUGGUGUACACCAAACUGCCCCUGGGCUCUGCCCGUCCUGCCUCCAGAGCCAGAGCACAGACCUUCAACCUCACAACCCCAGCUGCAACUGAUGGCUAUCAAAUCUUUGACCCCCUUGGACCCACUCCAUUUCCAUUUUUACUGGGAUAUCCAGGCAUGAAAGGAGAGCAAGGACCUCAGGGUCCACCGGGUCUGCCGGGCUUACCAGGACCACCUGGCAAGAGAGGUUCCCGAGGUCCCCCAGGUCCCCACGGAAACCCUGGCUCACCUGGCCCCCCAGGCAUGAAAGGUCAGAAAGGUGAUCCUGGGCUGUCGCCUGGAAAAGCUCGCAAUGGCCAGAAGGGAGACGUGGGCUUACCUGGUUUGACUGGGUUCUCUGGACCUCCUGGUAGAAAGGGGUAUAAAGGCUACCCUGGACCACCAGGUCAUCCUGGAGACCAGGGUGAACGAGGACCAGCUGGAAGUCCUGGUGCCAAAGGUUAUCCUGGCAGGCAGGGUUUACCUGGUCCCAUAGGGGAAACUGGUCCAAAAGGCAGUCGGGGUUAUAUUGGACUCCCAGGAUUAUUUGGGCUACCAGGGGCUGAUGGAGAACGAGGGAUCCCUGGAGUUCCUGGGAAGAGGGGCAAGAUGGGUAGGCCGGUAAAGUUUUUCCUCAUCCAUUAUGCAGAACUUGUUGAAUGAAAGUGGAAACAAAAC